CCUGAUGGUAGUUCACCAGUCAGUAUUUAAUACGGUCAUCACCAUUUUCCUUGGAAUUGUUGUUUUCUUGAAUUUUGGGUAGUUUGGUGCCUUCAUGUUACUACAUUAGUCUCUUUUUGAACACUAGAGUUUCACAGGUGAUUUACUCAAAGUGCUUUUUAUUUAGGACUUGCCCAACACAAUUCACAUCGGUGGGAGGAUCGCACCGAAGAUGGUUUGGGAUUAUGUUGGUGAACUCAAGUCUUCUGUGUCUAAGGAGCUCUGUCUGAUCCGCUUUCACCCCCUGACAGAGGAAGACGAGGUUGCCUACGAUUCUCUCUACUCCUACUUUAGCAGUCGUGGCCGUUUUGGGGUUGUUCCUAAUAAGACCAGGCACAUCAAGAACCUCUACCUCAUCCCACUGGGUGCUAAGGACCCUAUUCCAUCUGCACUCUUGCCCUUUGAGGGACCAGGUCUCGAGUCACCACGCCCAAAUAUAAUCCUUGGGUUAGUAAUCUGUCAUAAAAUAAAACGUCCUUCAAGUGCUGGAGAGUUAGACAAGAUUGAGAAGAAAUGGCCCCGACUUCAACAAGAAGUGGACGUUUCCAUCUACCCCAAGAUAACCGCAGCCCCGCGGUCUGAGGAGAAGCCCUGCAAGUGUCCCCUGUACGCUGCAGGCACCGCUGUCGGCACCGCACCCACAGGGUCCCCUCCACCUCCACCCUCUCUUCUGGAACCAUCAGAGUUAAAAAUACAGUCAUCCAUCAAGCCAAAAGCUACCCACAUUGUCACGGCCUCAACUAAGCGAGCAGCGGCCACUACAGCAGCUUCCUCUGUUGUGUCACCGCUGGAAACCAUCUUGCGAAUUCUCUUUGGAAAGAAGAAAUCAUUUGAGCCCCCUGCCAAGGAGUCUGUUGGAGCUCUUCCUUCCUUCCACCAGGACUCCAACACCAAGGCAGACGACGGGGUGUCCACAGCUCCUUGCCCAGAUCCGACUGUUGAGCAGUUUGGUCAGUUCUCAAAGGCUCAGGCUGUAGAGGAAGAGGAGGAGGAUCAGCCACACAGCCCUGAAGAAGAGCAGAACCUGGAGAGAGCCUUGGAUGCACAGCUUGCCAAGCAAGGGACAUGCCACGAUGUGGAAGAGGCUCCUGAAUCAUCCGAGAGGGAAGAGGUGGCCUGCGACCCUGAGGAUGAGACAGUCUUAGAAGUGAAAGUGACCAUCGAGGACCUUCCCAACAGGAUGUGUGCAGAUGGCAGAGGCAGCUCCUCACAGAGGCCUGCAGAGCACGCUUCUGACGUCUCCACUCCCUCUCUGCUUGAGCAGCAGAAAAUGUCAGAAAAACUGAACAAGCCGACUGAGGAGCAGGAGAGGCAGCUAGAGGAGCAGGAGGAAGCCCUUAGGCAGCAGAGGGUGACCGUCGGGGCCUCUGUGGCCCACUUCUCAGUGUCCAAUGCAUUGAUGUCACCUGGCAAAGUUCAUAAAAUGUGUUGA